UUUCUAUCUUGUCUUAUAUUUUGUACAACCACUUUGUAACAUGGUUUUGACAAGCUUAUAAAUAUUUAUUAUGCCAUUCAAUCUUAAGGUGACCUUGGAAGGCAUGGAACUGGACCGUGUUACACAGAGUACACCAAAAAAUUUAAUGUUCUGAAAAACAAGAAAAGUCAGAACAUCACAGAGGACAACAAAACUCAAGGAAUAAUGGAAAAGAGCCAGUGGGACCUGAAACACAUACGUUUCCGGGCAGGCAGACUCACCAGACUUGAUGAUUUUGUUGUCCAGUAUCAAGUCACCCACACUGCUCUGCUGAGGGAGUUUGAAGACACCAGAAGAGUUUUUCAAAGAAAGACAUUCAGGGUGGACAAAGAAAAAUGGAAGGAACGGCAGCAGAAAAAGCGUGGGAGAUAUGUAACUUCCAUUCGGAAGCCAUUCCCCUUUAAAAGAUCCACCAAGGUUGGUACACCCCUCAAAGUCAACCUGGCCAACAAUGAUGACACAACUGUCCUGGCAAUGGAGAGAGCCUGCCCAAAAACACUGUCUGAGGAAGAAACAUCAACCUCAAGUGUUCCACGGAAGAGGGUUCAGAAGAGGCCUUACCAGCAAGCUUUUGAACCUCCCGAAGAACAGCUCUCCUCCCUGUGGAAGAAGAAAGACACAGAAGUUGUGGUUUCUGUGCUGCCCGCCCAGACAAGAGGAAACAGUGUGAUCAUCCACCACAGUGAGCUCUGCGCACUUCGACCUCACCGAUGGCUGACAGAUAAUUGAAGGCCUUUUACACAUUGCUGUAAACCAGCUAGAGAUGGCAAAUACCAUCUACAUUCUUAACCACUACACAGCAGGUGUGAUUCUCUUUGGUGACAGAGCGCAGCUGUGCCGGCACAGCUUGUCCAAGGUGAACUUUGAGAAUUACAAGGCAGUUGUGUCCUUUGUAAACCUUAACAACGUGCACUGGAAGUUUCUGUACAUCAAUGCAGUCAACCAAACAGUGUUUCUGGUGGAUCCAGCACCCAGUUCCACAGAGGAGGAGGAUUCAACACUGGCAGCAAAAAGAAUCUGUGACUACCUGAAAAUGAGGAGAACCUGCCAUGGAAAAACAGAGUGGGUGGACAUCAAAUGGAAAGGAGGAGUUCUGACCCAUCCUGUUCAGCGGGACAGCACUAGCUGUGGGGUCAUUGUCACCUUGAUGGCAAGGGCAGUGAUUGAAGCCUUCCCAGCGAUGCCUGUAAUGACAUUUGGAACAUCCAGAAAGGAAAUGGCUAAUGAGAGAGAAAGGCUGGCUCAACAGAUACUGAAAGCAUCAGUGUUUAAUAUGGCUGAUAACUGUGCCAUGUGCUCCUUGGCAAAGCCUCCUGGACCUGGACCCCAUUUAACGAAAUGGAUACAAUGUGACUCGUGUGAGAGAUGGUUCCACGAACAGUGUCUAGGCAUGGACACAGAGGAGUUGGAAAAAGCCCGGGCAGAAACCUGGAAUUGCUGCUUGUGUCCUUAAAAUCUUUCUCAUCCUCCAUCGAUCCAUAGAACAUAACUUCAUACAGAAGAGCCCGGACCGUGAUUUGACCCUGGAAACGUCUUGCUUUGAGGCGACACCAUGCCACCCACACCAACUCUCUCUUUAAUUACAAGUGACAGACAUAUUUUGCAUGUUGUAUAUACUAUUUGACAAAUAUAAAGUAUUAAAUUGAACUGCUCAACCUGUAAUUUGUGUCCAUGUAAUAUUUAAGAAUAUUGUUACAGUGUAUUAAAGUAUGUAGGAAAAAACAAUAAUAAUAAAUUUCAAAAUGCAAUGGAGAGGAUCAUAUAUCAUCCACAAGUGAAACAGGAAGUUUUCUUCUUUCUGUCAACCACAAACUAGAGGAACAUCAGCCCUGGUAAAUCAACUUAGAAGAUCUUUACUG